ACAUACAGGAUGGUUAUGAACCCGGUAGAGGGCGCUAGGCCUGCGACCGUUUUCGAAGGAAAUAUGAAACAUUAUGAUUUUGACGACUACAAGGCUGUUCCGGUUAAAGAGGGAACCCUUGUUCUUAUACACGGGAAGGUCCACCAUAGGAGCAACAGAAACACUUCGGAAAAUUCUAGAAAUAUUUACACUUUCCAUGUCACAGAAACGAACAAUUCGAAAUGGAGUGAAAGAAAUUGGCUUCAGCCAGCAAACGGCACGCAGUUCCCUCUGUUAUACGAAGACUCCAAUGCUACAAGUUAAACAACGGGACCCUGUAUAACGUAUAGUACUGUGAGGGAAGAUGGGACACCUUUAGCACAUGAUAUAACAAAUAUC